CGCUCGCUCCUGGUCUUGUUCUUGUAUGCGCGCUCCCCUAGUAAAGAGCAGCAAAUAGCAAAAGCAGAGGAAAAGGACUGCGCAUAACCAGGGGGUACCAGAGUACCGUGUACCCUAAAUUACCAUCAGUCAUUCAUUGACUGCCUUGCUGUGAUAAGGGAGCUCUCAUUCAUUUAGGAUGACGGAGCUUAGGCAAAGAGUGAACCGAGAGCAAGAGGCAGAUGAAAAGGAGCCAGAACCAGAACCAGAAGCCAAAAUUGAAGGAGAGACUGCUUCAGACAAUGAAAGCAAAACCAACACUGGAGGUGGUAUCCAACAAGGCACUCCCACUGAUGACACACCAGAAGUCCUCAACAGAGCGCUUUCCAACCUGUCAUCUAGGUGGAAAAACUGGUGGAUUAGAGGCAUCCUUACACUGGCUAUGAUAUCAUUCUUCUUUGUCAUCAUCUACCUGGGACCUAUUGUGCUUAUGAUGAUUGUGAUGUUUGUUCAGAUAAAGUGUUUCCAAGAAAUUAUCAUGAUUGGGUAUAAUGUUUACCAUUCCUAUGACUUGCCCUGGUUCCGCACACUCAGCUGGUACUUCCUGCUUUGUGUGAAUUAUUUUUUCUACGGGGAGACCGUCACAGACUAUUUCUUUACACUGGUCCAGAGAGAGGAGCCUCUAAGAAUCCUGAGCAAAUACCAUCGCUUUAUCUCCUUUGCUCUGUACUUGACAGGCUUUUGCAUGUUUGUUCUGAGCCUGGUAAAGAAGCACUAUCGGCUACAGUUUUAUAUGUUUGGAUGGACUCAUGUCACCCUUCUUAUUGUUGUCACCCAGUCCCAUCUUGUCAUUCACAACCUAUUUGAGGGCAUGAUUUGGUUUAUAGUGCCCAUCUCCUGUGUGAUCUGUAAUGACAUCAUGGCCUAUAUGUUUGGGUUUUUCUUUGGUAGAACUCCUCUAAUAAAGUUGUCGCCAAAGAAGACCUGGGAAGGGUUUAUCGGAGGCUUUUUUUCCACUGUAGUUUUUGGAAUACUGCUAUCCUAUGUGAUGGCAGGAUACAGCUAUUUUGUUUGUCCUGUGGAGUUUAACAAUGACACCAACAGAUUUGAGGUGGACUGUGAACCCCCUGAGCUAUUCCAACUACAGGAAUAUCACAUACCCGCCGUGCUCCAGUCUGUCAUCAGCUGUGAAACAAUCUGGUUAUAUCCUUUCCAAAUCCACAGCAUCGCUCUGUCUACCUUUGCUUCUCUCAUUGGUCCAUUUGGUGGGUUCUUUGCUAGCGGUUUCAAGAGAGCCUUCAAAAUAAAAGAUUUUGCCAACACUAUACCAGGUCAUGGAGGUAUCAUGGACAGAUUUGAUUGCCAGUAUUUGAUGGCAACCUUUGUGAAUGUAUACAUUGCAAGCUUCAUCAGGGGUCCAAACCCUAGCAGGCUCCUUCAGCAGUUUCUAACAUUGCGCCCAGACCAACAAAUCAACAUCUUUAACACACUCAAGUCACAUUUAACAGAAAGAGGAAUGGUCGGAAAUGGAGAGAAUGCCUAAGCUACCCCUGAUCAAAAUCUUCAGCAACCAGAGCAGACCUUGCUGUAUAACGAUGCCGUUUUCCACGCAUUCAGUGAAAAGACUCCUCCAACCCUUACUGUAUAUGGAAGCAAAGGAGGCAAAAACUCCUUACUUUUUUGUAAACAUUUGUGCAGUGUCUUUUUGUUGUUAAAUUUUAAAUGUUUUUUUUUUCCACUUCAUUAUUCCAAUUUGUUUACACGUUUCCAGUAUGAAGAUCCUUUGCUUAUCAUAUUAAUCACAGCUAUCAAUGACUGUUGCACUUUCCUUCUAUGAUGUUAAAAAGAACCAUGCAGAAGUAAUUGAUAGGUAUUUUUUUUUUUAAUAAGUACCCUUUAAAUGCCAAAAACAGUUCAUAAUAUUGUGUUUUUAAUAUAAUUUAGUAGAUACGUGCAUUUGUAUCCUUUGUUAGGGUCAGAAUGUGGAAGACGGAGACCACUGAUGUCAUUUGGCUUUUUUCGGAGACGGAUUUAUUCUUGUGAAAGUGUAAUUCACUAAGAUCUGUGCAAAUCCAGAACCUUGUGUGUUUAACUUUAUAAGAAUAAAUCUGGCUGCGAAAAGAGUUGAAUGCCAUGAGCGUCCACCAACUACUUUCAUAUUUGGAUCCUAACGAAGGAUCCGAAUGCUCAUGUAUAUCAUUUUACUAGGCUUUUAUCCGCAAAGCCACAGGCAUGAUAGACCUAUAAUAUCAAAAUUAUUAAUUUCCUGGGGCUUGCUGUUUUGUUUUAAGAUUGAUGUCACUUAAUUUUAUUUUGUGUAUAUAUAUAUAUAUAUAUUAUUAUUAUUUUCUUCUAGGCGAGAUUAGUUGCAAAUGAAAACUGUGAGAUAUAUCCUUCAGAUCCAAACCAUUUCAUGUUCAGAAGAAUAUCAAAUGCUGCUACAAUAUUGUGCAAUGUAUAUGUUUGCAUAGGAGUGUGAUAUUUUUAAUGUUUCCAAGCACACAAUGGAGAGGAAAUACAGCUAUCUGUCUUCUUUUUCAAAGAAUAUAUUAAUGGCUUUUACAAGCUUUUUAGAGCUAAAUAGUUGUUUUUGUUAUUUACUUGCAAAAUUAAUUAACAAGUUUAAAAUAAUUUAGUCUUAAAAAACGUUCAAUACACAAAAUAAUGAACAAAUACAAAUGUAUUUAUUUUUUUAAAGCAACAUAUUUUGCAUUUGUUCAUUAGUUUAUUUAAUGAACACAUUUCUGACUCAAUUAGUUCAAAUGUGUUUAUUCGGUUUACAAAAACACAUUUUGGUGUAUCUGCUUCUUAUGUAGAUGUUAAUUUUUUAGCUUACACCAUAUGCUAUAUUUUAUAUUAGUUCUUAGCCCAUUUAAUAGCUUUCUAGUUGCAAAAUUGCACUGUACCUUUACUGUAUUCUCUGUAUAAAGCUAAACAUAUUAUUGACACCCAUAUUAUAUAUAUAAAUAUAUUAAUAUGUUUAUAAGCACUGACCCAAUGCCAGGCACGCAGCUGUGAACUUUUGUAGAUGCCCCAGGAAACCUCUGCCUAGUAAAUUAGUACACCAGUUAGAACACUGCAUGUAUAAGCUCCAGGACCUUUUAAAAAUGCUUUAUUUAAAAUAAAUCACAAGCUAAUAUGUGGUAUAGAUUAUAAGCUCCAUUGUCAUAACUGAUUUAGAAAGUAUUUAUUAUAGUCAUAUUUAUAUAGCACCCAAAUGGACAAUACAGGGAACUAUUUUAUUUAGCAAUGGAGACAACAGAGGUUUGGAACCGUAAAGCACAAAAGAGCUUAUAAUAUGACAACGCUAAAGAUGUGUGUUAACUUGUAAAAUAAGCAUUGAAAUAUAGUGUAGGAAGUCAACACACAAAUGACAAUGAUUUAUUGUAUUCUUAAACCAAAGUAUUACAUUGUCUUUGUUUCUACAGUUAGAA